AUGAAGAACCCGCCGUCAGUGGUUAAGCUGGUGAUGGAAGCAGUGUGCAUAAUGAUGCAAGAGAAACCAGAGCGCAAGCCAGAUCCAGCAACGGGCAAGAUGAUAGAGGACUACUGGGGCGUUUCUCUGAAACUCCUAGGUGAUCUUAAAUUCCUGGAGAAGUUGAAGACCUAUAACAUCGACAACAUACCGCCUCAAGUGAUUAAACGCAUCCGUGAGGUCUACAUCCCCAACAGAGACUUCAACCCUAAAAUUGUGCGCAAUGCCAGCACUGCAUGCGAGGGCCUCUGCAAGUGGAUUAUCGCUUUGGACAAGUACGAUAUUGUCUCCAAAGUGGUGGCCCCUAAGAAAGCCAGACUGGCCGUUGCGGAGAGUGAGCUGGAUGCUCAGGUGGGCUGUUGUCAACUUUAUGCAUGA